CGGAACACCGACGAUAUGCGAGUGGCUGCGGAUCGACCAGGAUCGGUACAAGUGACCUCGUCUCGCGCUUAAGCAAAAGACGACGCCGAGUGAGAACCUGCUGCGAGCGCUGGAUAGUGUUGUACAUAUUCACGGUGUGAAACCAACCCGCGCUCAUACCCCAUCCCCCGCUCUUCGUCAGAUUCCGAGCGCUCAUCUAAAAUCCGUCCACUGCCCAGUCUACAUCCUUUCGUCGUCUUGUGAAGAUCGCGUAACGCGCUAUCUAUGCUUGUCAAACGAUGACAGACGAGCCCCAGAACACCGCCGGCCCGAGCCACUCUCAUUCUCUGCGCCUCUCCUCGCUCGGAUCGAGCCAUGCCAGCCAGCCGUCGCAGGCCGGCCCGUCCACCUCUUCAACCUCCAUCCGCUCGUACCGCUCCAAGAAGAUCAGGCCGUGCGACAACUGCCGUUCGAGGCGACAGAGGUGCGACAUUCCUCGCGCGGGGGAGGCAUGCCGUCUCUGUGUCGUCACCAAGAAGCAGUGCACCUUUCUGCGUGAGCGCCGCAAAGCCCCAAGCGACUUGAAAAAGCUUGCUGAGCGCGAGGCCGAGCUCACGGCCCAGCUGGGCAAAGAGCGGACUCCGCGUGGGCAGAACUCGUCCGCCGAGAGCGCCGCCACGCACGCCAGCACGAGCUCGUCUCCUGAGCCUGGUAGCACGGCCUGUCUUGCCCACCUCACCUCAUAUAUCCUCAGCACGCGGGGCGCGCCUAUGCUCGUCCCCGAGCCCAUGGCACUGGACGCCGAAGGUGACGCCGACGAGGAGCUCUACCUCGUGGGCACGGCGAGCGAGCGUGACGCCCUCAUCCUCAAUAACAUGACCGAUAGCGUUGGCCCGUCUCUCGUGCAACCUCGCCCUAUUCCAGGCGUUCGAUUACGCACAGUCGCCCCCGGUGUCCACUUCGUAUUUUACAAGAGCAUGCCGUACGGCUCGCCGGACGAGGGUACAUGGGCGACGCUCCGCGACAUGAUCACGCCAGCGCUCGUGCCCACUGUCCUUCAGGCGUUUUUCGCUGUUGAGGCACCUGCCCACCCUGUGUUGCGCCACGAACCACAGCUCUCCUCCCCCAUCCUGCGCUGCAUGAUCCUCACCGCGGGCCUCAUGUACAUCCCCCAGCUACGACGGCUGCACAAGGAGGCGUACGUGCGAACGAUGGCGGCUUUGCGCUCACAGAGCCCUAAAGCCCGCCUCUGGACGCUCCAGGUCUACCUCCUCGACCUAGACGGUCGCGAGACCCUGGACGCCAGUGGCAACUUCGUGACUCUCGGCCUCGCCAUCUCCACCGCUCUCCUCCUCGGGCUGCACCAGGACUGCGGCGCCUGGAGCAUACCGGCAUGGGAGAAGGAGCUGCGUACCCGGUUGUGGUGGAGCCUCCUCAAUUACGACCGCUUCAGCAGCCUCACCUUUGGGCGGCCGCGGCACAUUGUCACGCCCAACGUCGUCCCCCUCCCGCCUCGGAACGCAAGCGACACGAUGAGCUACGAUGCGUUCGUGAGCGCGUGCGAGCUCGGUGCUAUUCUUGACGACCUCGAUAGCCCUCAUGCCUCCCUCGCCUCGCUGGCGAGCAUGAGUAUGCGUCUUGACGCGUGGAAGAAUGCCGCAGACUCACGAGGCCUCUUCGCGGCCGAGCCCGCGGCUCCCGGCGUCCGCUCCACCCAGCUCCUCUACUUCGGAAGCUGCAUCAUGGUCGUGCGUGCGAUCUUUGACGCCCUCGACCCGACUGAACUCGAUGCUCUCGAGGCCGCCCGCCACUCGUGCCUCAUGGCCUGCGAGGGUGUUGUAGACUUUGUCGCAGCACUCACCCCUAGUGACCUUUACGGGUACUGGACGUCUCACUCGCCCUUCAUGCUCAGCCUUACAUUGACCAUGCUUGUGCGCAUUAUCGUAAACGCCGGCGAGGCGGGUGUGCGCGAGACGGCGUUGCUCGCUCUGCGCCGCUUCACCUCCUUCCUGGGCGACCAUCAGAACACGGGGUGGGAUGUAGGACAGCUCGCCCUCGCCCGUGCCCACUACUUCAUUCCUCUGCUUACCCGGCGCAACCCAGAGUUUGGGAGUGUGCUCGACUCGGUGCAGAGUAGCAUGCCGGCGCCAGCCGACGGUGCACUUGCCGACUUCCUCAACAACCUCGUUGAUCCGAGCGGAAUGCACGAGCUCGGCCUCGGGGGUCUGUUCUCGGUUCCGACGUUGUAGGCCGUCUCUGUAGCAUCACAGGUAUAUUAGGGGUAUCAAGGCACAAUGUAUAGUACGCGGUCGUGAGCAAAGCCGUUAGUCUACAGCCCCUCGCGAACCGGUGCGCUGGUGUCGGAAAGCUUCUCCCCCGGGCCGCGCUUCUUGACCGUCUUCAUAAACUUGACGCCGGGAAUGUUGACAAUUGGGACGUGCUCGCACGUGCAGCGCUCCUCGAUGGGGACGUCGGCAAGAACCUGAGGU